UCAUCAAGAUCAAAGGACAUCCACAGCCCAUCACAGCCAUCACAGCCGUCCAUCAAAGCUGAAAAAGGAAUAAAAACCCAGUCAAAGAACCCAACAACCCCACCCACGCAAAUCGGCAACCCCACCCCGGCCGGCAAAAUCUCACGCGCUUUAUACAAGCCUUCAUUCUCUCCAGUGAGUCUCCCGGAUCCCAACAGAAUAACAAACUCAAAACCCAAAAUCUCCCGAAAACCAAACCCAACAAACGCAAAACCCCAGAUUGAAAGUAAAUUUUAAAUAAUGAUAAUAAUAAUAAUAAAUAAAUAAAUUGAAGCUGGAAAAUCGGAAGGAGAAAAAGAAAAGUCUCCUCCUCCUCCUCCUCCUCCUGAGAUGGCUUCGUCGAAGGUGAUGGCGUCGUCGAAACCUAGAAAUUCGGAUCUAUCUUCAACAACUUCAUCUCGAUCGCGACGCGCUAUUUCUUCUUCCCUUUCUGCUACUACUACUACAGAAAAACUAGCUCAUCAAUCUACUGACCAAUUAUUCCAAAGAGAAUCGACAAUGACAGUAGAUGGCAUCUUACGUAACGUAUACGCCUCUCCAUCAACUGAAUCGACUCUCCUCGGCGCACAAAUAACCCUAAUGGAAACUCCUAACCCUCCCCCUCCUCCACCAAUCGAGACAAAUGGUACUGAUAAUCAGGAUAUGAGCGAUGUAAUUCCACAAGAGACUAAGACUGCGGAUGAUAUAUGGAGAGAAAUUGUGGCAGGAAGGAAGGAAAUGAAGGACGAGCCAGAUGAGAUGAUGACCUUGGAGGAUUUUUUGGCUAAGGCGGGGGCAGUGGAUGUGGUUGGAGAGGAUGGGGAUGAUGUGAAGAUGCCACAGCCUGAGAGGAUGAGUGGAGGAUUGUAUGCGUUUGAUCCUGUCCCGCCUAGUGCAUUUCAGGUGUUGGAUAAGGUGGAAGGCUCCAUUGUUGGGUUUGGGAAUGGAGUCGAGGUGGAGCUUGUAGCUGGUAGUGGUGGUGGUGGUGGUGGUGGUGGAGGAGGAGGAGGAAGAGGGAAGAGAGGGAGGACGGUCGUAAUGGAACCCUUGGAUAAGGCUGCGCAGCAGAGGCAGAGGAGGAUGAUUAAGAAUCGGGAGUCUGCUGCCCGGUCUAGAGAGAGGAAGCAGGCUUAUCAAGUGGAAUUGGAGUCUUUGGCAGUGAGGUUAGAGGAGGAGAAUGAGCAGCUGCUUAAAGAGAAGGAAGAGAGGACCAAGGAAAGGUUUAAGCAGCUUAUGGAAAACGUGAUUCCCAUUGUUGAGAAGCGAAGGCCAAGACGCAUGCUCCGGAGAGUCAACUCUUUGCAGUGGUAGAUUGUUUGUGCUCGAGGUGAUUAUUCAUAUGGUUCUCAUAAAUGGAGGAAAAGCAGCAUCCUCCCGGAAAUUCAUUUUCUAGUGGGUUAGAUUGUGAACCCAAUCGCCAUUUGGAGCAACCAUGGUUAUUCAUGUGGGGA